AUGCCCAAGAAAGGAGGAAAGGGUAAGAACAAGAACAAGGGCGGCAAGGCUGGCGGUGCCGGUGUUGCCGCGACCAAGAAGGUCACUGAUAUUCAGAACCCCGUGACCCCUGGUCAUGAAGUCGAGGAGACCGUUGCCAAGGGAGAAGGCGAGGUCAGUGAUGUGGUCACAGAACCGGUUGAGGCUGUGACAGCGUCGCCUACGGCCACUGUCCCCGAUGCGAUCACCAAUAUCCCCUCGGCCGCCCCUCCUGCCUCCACUGAAGAGGCCAGAGAAAUCUUGCAGGACGCUGUAAACAAGGCGGAGACCGGUCCGACCGACAAGCCUGAGUUGGUUGAGGGAGAGGCAAUUGGUGCGGUUGAACCGUCCGUGACCGAUGAGCCGCUCAAAUUGACCCCCGAGACUCUGCCCGCCACUACUGGAACGGAAACCUCCCUCCCUGAGCGCCCGAAAGAGACCGUUACAGACACCUCCGAUGUUCAUGCCAAACGGCCAUACGAGAGCAGUCUGACGGCUAAGGACGACGAAUUGCCCCAUAAGAUUGCUAAGGUGGACGAUACAGUUGCGGCUGCGGGUGCAACCUCUGGUCAUGUUGCUGAGACGGGAUCCUUGGCGAGAAAACCGGGAGUUCCCGCUGAGACGGGUAGCGUGCAGCCUCAGAUUGUGCCGGGUCUUGGUGCUGACCCUAAUGAUAAUGUGUCAACCGUCCUGAAUGUCCCCGGUCUCUCUCCCAUAGAGGAGAAGUCUACGGUCCCCUCGGCUGCUGAGGCAUCGGCUGUUCCUGCCCCCAACACCUCCACUGAGCCCAAGGGUGCAGAGGACAUUGCCCCAACGGGCGCUCCUACCUCUGAUGCAAACGCUGAUGCUACUGAGAAGUCCAAAGACUCUGAGAUUUCUAAGGCAGAGGAGGAGACGGUCGCCACCGAACCCAAAGGCGCAGAGGACAUUGCUCCAACGGGAGCCCCUACUUCUGCCGGCAAUGUUGAUGUUGCUGAGCAGCCCAAAGAUACUGAAUUAUCAAAGGCAGAGGAGACAGUCGCAAGCGAGCCUCCCACCACCGCUGCUCCAGCCGUUGCUAGCGAACCGGAGGCUCCGUCUACAGCCGAACUGACAACUGCCGCAGCUCCUUCGGAGGUCACAGGCACAGAGACAGUGUCUCCUUCCGGCGCGACUGCUCCUUCAGCAACCGACUCGACCACCAAGGCCGCAUCUGCAUCUGCCGACACCGGUACUGGCACCGCAACUUCCGCUCCAGCUCCUCCCGCUGAACCGGUUCUUAAGGUUCCCUCCAGCAUUCACGACGGUCCCGACUCGAAGGUUACUUCUGCGAACAAGUCUGCUGCCGACCAAGCCGUGUCCAACGUGGAACAGGAAGCCGAGGGCGCAUCCGCUAACACGCAGGCUCCUGUAACGGAGACCAUCCCUGAAGAGACCAAACCGGCCGCCGAGGUGCAGGAGGGCACUGGAGCAGUCAAGAACCAGGUCCCAGAGAAUCAACCUACUGCUAGGGAGGCACAGGAAGCGGGUGCCGGCGCCGCAAAGCAGCCAGAGGAGAUCCAGAAGCCCGAGGAAGCCAAGACCAAGGAGCCCCGUGCCGUACAGGAUGCUCAGGAGGAAGGUGCUGCUACGGUCAAGAAGCCGGAGGAGCUGAAGCCGGAGGAUAUCAAGAAACCCGAAGAGGCCAAGACGAAGGAACCUCAGGCCGCUCAGGCCGCUCCAGCCGAUGCCACCAGCAAGCCCGAGGGCAAGGAAACAGUGAAGACCGAAGCCGGCAAGGCGCAAGAUCAGGCGCAAGAAAGUGCUAAGGCCGAGGCCGCCAAGCUGGAGAAGCGGAAGAGCGGUUUCUUCGGAUGGUUCAAGCGUAAGCUCAAGGGCGAAAAGGCCUAA